GAUAUAAAAGCACCACUAUCGGUUCGAAAUCCAACAGACUAAAGUGUGAAGGCCUAGCAGUCAAUACCCAAUCAGUGAUUUUUCAAAAAUACUUUCCCCAACGUUUAUAAACAAAUGUGUCAAUGAAGACACCGGACACCAAAGCCAAGCUGCUGAAUAAUAUAAGUCUAUCUAAACAUCUUUCUUCCAAGAAGGGCGGCUCUCGCACUAGUAACUGCGGCAAUUGUCUGGAAUUCUCCGUGCUCACGCGUCUCUCCAGUGUGCCCUGAAUCCCCCACAUCCAUCUAAGCUCCCCUAAGCUCCUGUUGAAACUCG